CGGGCUGCCGGAACUGACUACCGGAAGUGGCUGCCUGUGAUUCGGCUUUUGCAGAGGCUGGGAAAGUUGAGGGUACCUGUACUAGUUGCCCCUUUCAGCUUGCAAGAUGCCUGGUCUGGCGGCCGCAAGCCCUGCCCCUUCUGAGGCUCAGGAGAAGAAGCCGCUGAAACCCUGCUGCGCCUGCCCAGAGACCAAGAAGGCGCGCGAUGCGUGCAUCAUUGAGAAAGGGGAAGAACACUGUGGACACCUAAUCGAGGCCCACAAGGAGUGCAUGAGAGCCCUGGGAUUUAAGAUAUGAAAUGGUGAGCACGUUACUCUCUGAUUGGGAAGAGGAGAAAGAAGGGAGGAAGAGAGGGAGAGAAGCAUCAGUGUGUGGCUUCCUCCCACACACCCCCCACCAGGGACUGGGUCCACAACCCAGGUGUGUGCCCUGACUGGGAAUCAAAUGGACGACCCUGUGGUUCUCAGGCCCGUACUUAAUCCACUGAGCCACACCAGCCAAGGCUGCUAUUUCUUUUUUGUAUUGUACUUUAUUCUAAUAAAGUCCUAAUAAUUAAAACCUCA